AUCUACAUGGUCCCUGGAGAUGCCCACAGAGGAUUCCCUUUCACUGACUGGAUAGAGGCAGUUGGUUUUAAGAAUGAGGUCCCUGAAGAAGACGGUGCUGCUUGCCAUCCUGGCAUCCAUAGUUCUGGUACUGGCGCUCCUUCAUUCUUGGCCCACCCGGGCCUACACCACUGUGGAUGUGUGGCAGCGACCAGGCCUGGAGGAGAGGCUCCCAGAACCAGACCCCCGAUUAGGCAACAUCCCAUUUCGUGUUAGGGAUACUGUGGCAAGUUUGUUGGCCCGUAAUGGGUGCCUAUGUGAGGGUGAGAGUGGAGGAGUGAACCUGCCCUUCGCCCAACUCUUAUUCCCGCGGGUGUCGGCUCACCCGCUGGACACUGCCUUUGAGGCCUCUGAGCUGGAGGAAAUAAAGAGGAGACGGGCCAAAGAGUACAAGAGUUUCCAGAAGAGGUCAGAGACAGCUGUAGAUGUUCUCAUUGUAGCAGAGGCCAACAAUCCCUUACAGUAUCCAACACAGGGGGUGGAGGUCCGGCCCCUGAAAACAAUCAUCAUCCCAGGCUUGGCCUUACACGAUAUUCCCAGAGACCGUCACUUGAUAAACAUCACUGCCACACUGGGAACACUGAACAUGGCAGCAGACGUAGACGGGGUGAAAGUCAAAGGUGACGGCGAGAUGCACAUGACUCUGUCGAGCAGCCUCCUGCCGAACCUGAACCGACAGCUGCAGUUUGUCACCUACACAAACACUCUGUUUCACCCCAGCACGGCCGACACAGUGCAGUUUGAGACAGAGGGUCAUCAAGCUGUCUUCAGUAUCAAGAUCCGUCACGGUGUCACGCCUAAACUGUACAACACUGGAUCCAGAGGAGACUACAAUGUCAGCGCCCUCGUUACCAUAGCUACGAAGACAUUCCUGCGUUACGAUAAGCUUCAAGAUCUUAUCGACAGCAUCAGAAAAUAUUAUCCUACUGUCACCAUAGUAAUUGCUGAUGACAGCGAAAAUCCACAAACCAUCUCUGGGCCUUACAUCGAGCAUUACAUCAUGCCUUUUGGAAAGGGUUGGUUCGCGGGACGGAACUUGGCCGUUUCCCAGGUAACCACAAAGUACCUGCUGUGGGUGGACGACGACUUCAUCUUCACAGCUAACACCAAGCUGGAGAAGCUGGUGGAUGUUUUAGAGAAGACCACGCUGGAUCUGGUGGGUGGUGCAGUGCGGGAGGCCACAGGGUAUACUGCCACCUACAGACAGACCAUCUCCAUCGAGCCAGGGGAGGAGGAUGGUGACUGUUUACACCUGAGGAGAGGAUUUCAUCAACUCAUCCAAGGCUUCCCCAACUGUGUCGUCACUGACGGUGUCAUCAACUUCUUUCUGGCUCGCACCGACAAAGUCCAGCAGGUCGGAUUUGACCCGCGGCUCACCAGAGUAGCUCACCUUGAGUUCUUCAUCGACGGCCUGGGAUCCCUCCAUGUGGGCUCUUGUGACGACGUCAUUGUAAAUCACGCAACCAAAAUCAAACUGCCCUGGGUCAGCCAGUCAGACAGCGACAAGACUUACGCCAAGUUCCGUUACCCGCCGGCUUCCUCUGACGCCACACACACGAAAAAUGGCCUCCUCUUCUUCAAGAACCGAUUUCAGUGUUUGACUCAUAAUUAGCCCCCCCCCCCUCUUUAUCCAACGGUUCCUC